AUGGAUAGCCGUCCCGCCCCUGUUGGGGCAGGCAGCAGUGGUGGUGUUGCUUCAGGAUAUUCAUUCUUCUCUCAUUUUUCUCCUUUUUCUUCUCAACAGCGCCAAGCGGCACAUGAGGUCCUCCCUGGUCUCUUCCUUGGGUCUGCUGCUGCGGCGAGGAGCGGCAGCUGGUUGCAGCAUCAUGGCAUUACACACAUACUUUGCCUUCACAAUGCUGCAGCCUCACCCUCUGUGCUGCAGCAGCAACUGCAGCAGCAAAUGAAGCAGCGCAAGGAGAUUCUAAAGUGCAAUCCUGAAACGGAGCCAGCAAGGGUGCAACAGCAGCAGCGGGUGCUGCAGCAGAUGCAGCAGCAACAGCUGGUGCAGUACCUUGCGGUGCACCCUGAUAGAUUCGUGUACUGCUGCUGUCAUGCUGUCGAUACACCUCAGGAGCUGGUGCUGCCUCUGUUUCCUCUUUGCUUUGACUUCAUAGAUCAAGCCCUCGGUGAUAGGAACUACCGGCUUCAUGCUCCAGACGAGCAGCAAAUGGCAGCAGCGGCAGCAGCAGCAGCAGCAGGGAUACCGCAACACAACGUGCGGCUGCUACAAAGCCGCAGGAGGAACCAUUGUUUUGUAGAGAAGGACUGUAUAAUUAACAGCUACGCCUUCCCAGAAGACAGUCUAGGUCCUGCUGAAUCUGACGGCAGCACGCCUGCGGCAGGGAGUGAGACAGCAUGCUCAGCAGGAGAGAAGAAAGUAGGAGGCCGGGUGCUGGUACACUGCGCAAAGGGGAUAAGCCGGAGUGCAUGCAUUAUCCUGGCAUAUUUGCUCUUCAGAAAAAGCCUACGGAUGGAAGAUGCCUUAGAGUUUCUCACGCGCAAACGGCCUGUCUAUCCUAAUGUUGGAUUUCAGGUUCAGCUGCAGUACUUGCAAGAACGGAUGGAAGAGAUCCGGCCAGCGCUGCCUCACACAUUAGACCCUGACGAACAGCAGCAGCAGCAGCAGAAGGGAGCCGCGGCAGGCGCAGCAGCAGCGCAUGCAUUUGAAGCUACGGUGUCUAUCGAAGAAAGCGAGCCCGAUAUCUUUCGAAGAGAUCCAGACGCCAGAAACCGACUGCGCACUUUUGUUGCCUCUUGCUCUCACGAGCUCACUGAAGCUCAGGUGUCUCUUCUCUAUAAAAAGGCCCCUCUGUUGCAGCAGAGGACCCUGUGGCGGCCUUUUGGUCUCUUCUUCGAGAACCUCCGCUCCUAUCAACUCAUGCAAGACGAAGAGCUUUUAAAGAUGGCCGAAGAGAGUGCGCAAAAGGCGGCGGAACUCAAGCUAGUAUUCGCUGCAACACUUCCAGGUGUUUCUAUAGCUGACAAAGUAGCGGAUGAGGUCCGAGCCUGGGUAGCGGACUGCAGAGCUGCUGCUGCUGCCAAGGAGAAUGUCAAACACACUGCCGCAGGCGGCGCCUCCAGGGAGGAAGCAAUUGCCGACAAAGUUAAUGGUAAAACAGAGUGUCGGGGGGAGGACGAGCCAAGCAGUAAAUAUGUGCGAAGCAGCAGCAGCAGUAGCAGCAGCAGUAGCAGUAGCAGUAGCAGCAGCAGCGGCAGGACCGGCGUAACAGAGCCCAGAAGGGCACUGUCCCCUGCGUAUGUAUCAUCUCACAAACGGCGUCGCAGCCGGAGCAGAAGCAGAAGCAGGGACAGAUCGAGGUGUAGAGGCCGAGACAAGCUGAUAGAUGGAGAGCGGGAUCGCGAUCGAGUUCGAGAAAGGCAAAGUAGUGUCGAAAGGAAGACGAGAAAGAAAUCUCCUUCAAAGAAAAAGAAGCAUAAGGAAAAGAAGCGAAAUGGCCUUAGAUUGAAACUGAAAACCCCUAAACCAAAACCCAGUAAAAAGUAUAGCAGCGACAGUGAAUAA